AUGGCCACUCUUCGCACCGUGUUCAUCCUUGCUCUGAUCCUCGCGACACUUCCUGCGCUCUACGCCGCGGCCUCGCCAAAGCGGGGUGACGUCGCUACCGCGGACGCGGCGAGUUGGGGUCGCAAGCUGCUGGAAGCGAGCGGCGGUGACCUGGACGUGGACCAGCAGGGUGGCGAGGAGGAGGAGAUGGGGGAGGUGACGGACGGGCUGGACGAGGCGGUGCGGGUGCUGCUGAGCUGGAAGCAGAUCAAGAACGCGGCGAAUCAGGCGGCGAAGAGCGAGGCGGGGCAGAAGACGGGAGGGUUGGCGAAGAAUGUGGUGAAGAAGGGUGGCAAGGACGCGCUCACAGCGGCGUUCAACGCGUUCCGCAGCGGCAAGGGCGCCAAGGGUGCCCUGCAGGCGGGCGCUGGCUCCGGCAGGCAGGGUAGCAGCGCAGCUGGUAUGGUGCCUGCUGCUGCUGGUAGCAGCUCGGUGAAGUGGGGUUCUGCAGUGGCAGACAAGGUUGGCGUGUGUGCUGUGCAGGGUUGGUAG